AUGUCUUCCUCUACAGAUAAAGAAUGGCUUAAGAGAUGCCGAAACGAGCAUAUGCCGUUUCCCCCGUUUGAUAGGUACAUAUAUCUACUACACGAACACGUCGUGAAAAAGAGACUUAUCCCUGGCGAGUUGGGCUAUGAUGGCUACGAGCCUGAGUUCUCCACUAUCUCCUUACGGGACGAAAACGAGGUGCGCACUCUAGAGCUCGUUCGCCAAUACACGAACAUACCGGUGCCAAAACUCAUACAUCAAGGCGAUGGAUUCAAUGUCUUUGAAAGGAUCCCUGGCAUUACAGUGAAUGAGAGUCCAACAUGGGAUAAAGUUUCCCCCCGUCAACGAGAGGCGAUUAAGCUUCAAGUGCAGAGUUAUAUCAAGGAGCUGGCAAAGGUUCCCAACCCCUCUGCAGGGGUUCGGUCGCUGAGCGUUUCAGGCGAGAUCAUCCACCUUCAACUUCCUCACCGCGGACCUUUCGAGUCUACGAAGGCUUUUCUCAGAGCAUACGAGGACGAGCAUGUGCCAUUUAUUCACCAGAUCAACCCACUCAGCAAGCCGGUGUUAUCGCAUCUGGAUUGGGACCUUUCAAACAUUGUGCUGCAUCCGAACUUGGAUGCCGUAGCGGGUGUGAUUGACUGGGAAAGAGCAGCAUUUUUCCCAGAAGGUGGGAGAAGUAUUCACCGGAUGUGUCACCAAUGGGAAGGCUGGGAGACGCUCUUCGAUGGGAUUGAAUUCCCACUUGAACAAUAA